AUGCCCCCAACCAACAAAACCUGGCACAUCCAGCAUCACGCCCUCGCGCACCAACCACCAGACAAAACAAAGCAAUACAUCUGCCCAUCAGAAACACGCCCCCACCGAGCAACCCUAUUGAGCUUCCCCUCACGAUGCUCCACCCUACCAGAACUGCACGCCCAAACAAGGAACGAGGUAAUAUCCCUCGCAGCAACAAUCGCAGCCUUCGAGCCCGUCCGCCUCCACGCCCGACCAGAAGACAUCCCGCAAGCCCAAGCCCUCCUCGACAAACAAGCUACCCUUCUCCCACCCCAUCACCGCGUCAACAUAACCCUAAUUCCAGCCCCAACAAACCACUGCUGGAUCCGCGACACAGGACCCGUCUACAUCCGCAGCACCGACACGGCAGAUAAAUCCCGCUAUGCAAUUGACUUCCGCUUCUGCGAAUGGGGCCACAAAACAACAGGACGAAUCUACGGCCCCCGCGUCUCGUCUGCACUAGAGGCCCUAGAAACGUCCCCGCAGUACGCGGAGUGGCCGGUAAUGGACGAUGAAGCCAUGCACGAGAACACGGAUUUCGCGCGUACUGUGCUAGAUCUCGAGAAUGCGAAUGCAGAUACUGUGAUGGAUGUCGUCAUGCGCGUGCAGACGGAUAUCAGGCUUGAAGGUGGGGGAAUUGAAGUUGACGGCGAGGGGACGUUUAUGGCGACAGAGAGUAGUAUUGUUGGGGAUGCGAGGAAUCCUGGAGUCGGGAAGGCGGAGAUUGAGGCUGAGCUUGGCCGGUUGCUGGGUGUUAGUACGUUCAUCUGGUUUCCUGGACGGGUUGGGUAUGACGUUACGGAUGUGCAUGUUGAUGCUGAGGCAAGGUUUGUCAGGCCUGGUGUUGUUGUUGUCUGUCGCCCGCAUGAAAAGGCGGAUAAGGUGCAUUGGGAGAUCUACUGGGAGAUUCGGGGUGUCUUGGAGAAGUCUACUGAUGCGCGUGGAAGGCGCUUCGAGAUUCAUGAUGUUGUUGAGCCGGAUCCGAGCUGCGUCAAGGGUGAUGUUGAUGGGGAGGAGGAGGCGCCGGCGGCUUCGUAUGUUAACUUUUAUUUCGUUAACGGAGGGCUGGUUAUGCCGGCAUUUGGAGACGCUGAGGCUGAUGCGAAGGCCUUUGAGUUAUUGAAGAGUCUGGUUCCUGAGAGGGAGGUUCGUCAGGUUGAGGUUAAUGCCUUGCCUAGGACUGGGGGUGUGCUGCAUUGUGUUACGCAGCAGGUAGUGUGA